UAGUCGAACUGCGCGCAGGAACGGUCGCGUUCGCGUCACGAAUCACAAUGAGUUUCGCAAACAAAGUUGUUAUUGUGACGGGCGGCAGCUCCGGCAUCGGAGCCGCCACCGCCGUCAGCUUCAGCAAGGAGCAAGCCAGCGUCGUCAUCGUUGGCAGGAACGAGGCCAAGCUCACGGCCGUCGCCGACCAAUGCCCCGGCUCGCUCGUUAUCAAAGCCGACGUGUCAAACGAGGACGACGCCAAGCGCAUCAUCGAGAACACACUAGAAAAGUUCGGCAAAAUAGACAUCCUAAUCAACAACGCCGGGAUCGCCAAAUUCGGCGCCAUCUUGGGCGGCAAAGUGAUGGACACGUACGAUGAGGUGAUGAACACUAAUUUGCGCGCAGCUGUUCUGUUGACGACACUGGCGGCGCCGCAUUUAGUCGAGACGAAAGGGAACGUUGUAAAUAUAUCGGCCAUUGGCGGUACGUACGCGCCUACUCCGCCGUUCUUAGCUUAUUGUAUGUCUAAGGCGGGUUUGAAUCAUUUUACGAAAGGCGCUGCGUUGGAGCUGGCCGCGUCAGGUGUUCGGGUGAACGCUAUCAGUCCUGGGCCGGUGAGGACUGACAUCAUCGCGAACGCAGGCUUCCCGAUCUCCUGGGACCACUUCGCGGCACAGACGGCGCUGGGCCGUGUGUCGGAGCCGGAGGAGGUGGCCGAGCUGGUGCUGUACUUGGCCAGCGACAAGGCCAAGGGCAUCACGGGAGCCAACUACGUCACUGAUAACGGCAUGAUGUUGAGCAAAAUGUGAUCUAACAUUUGUUGAGUUUCUAUUUGUUUUACCUCAUGUUGUAAAUUGAGCUUGAUAGGUACGCACGUACGAUGCAGUUGAUUGUUAUUAUGCAUACCUAUUUGAUUUGUUAUAAAUAAAAGAUGUCAAUUAUUGAUCUAGCAUUUAUUGUGUGCGAGUAUGUUUUUGUCGUGUGUUUAAUCUUAUGAUUUAUUUAUACAUUGAUGUGUCAACGUUUGAAAAUAAAAAGCUUUCAGAGAA